CUGGGAUUGAUAUGGCGGCCCUCUUGUCUGUAAACAACGGACGCGGUUUGUACGACAGUGAGUCAUCUUGAGUGACAGUCACGGCCUAGAAAUUCGCAUGACUCUAUUUUCCGAUAUUAAAAGAUUAAAUAGCGUUAAGUAGCCAGCGUAUCCGGACAGCCGAAACACACGUCGACGAAUCAGGACGGGAAGUGCCGCCCGAGCCCGGGUCCGUUCUGACCGCCGCCGCCGCUGCCGGAACCGCUCAGCCGGAGGAGAUAAUGGAUGAAGACGAGUCCAUGCAUCGACUGGAAGGGAGCGAUGCGACUGUUCAAGUCGGUGGACUUAUAAUAAAGAAGAAGAGCGCAGCCACAGAGCCCCAUGUUUUUCGUGCGCCUGCUCCACGCUCAUCUUUGCUGGGCCUGGAUUUGCUGGCAGCUCAGAAGAGGAAGGAGCGUGAGAGCAAGGAACAGGUUGAGAAUAGCAGCGACGAAAGGGAGAGAAAGAAAUCGCGGGUGUCCUCGUACAAAGACUGGGAAGAAGGGAAAAGUGAUUCUGGGUCUGAUAGUGAAGAAGACAACGAGAAACAAGCCACUCACAAGGAGAGCAGGAAGUAUCGCGUGACAGGCUCUGAGACACCCUCCAACCCCGGUGGGGUCAGCGAAGAGUUCCGCCGCAGACAUCAGCAGCGAGAGAAAGACAGGCGGGAGCACGGCGUCUACGCUUCCUCCAAAGAGGAAAAGAACCGGGACAGGGAGCGAGAGAGGGAGCGAGACAAAGACCGGAGCAAAGAUAAAGGCAGGGAUCGCCGAAGUGAAAGAGAUGAGCGGGAGCGCAGCCACAGCCGCAGCAGCAGUGGCAGCCGGUCCGAGCGAUCGGACCGCAGCGAGAGGAGUGAGCGCUCACAGAGAGAUGGCUGGUCUGAUCGCAUCAGUCGAGGAAGCAAGCGAGAUGAACCCGCUACACCACAGCAACGUCCAAGAGACUCCUUCACUCCCUCACGCUCCAACUGGGAUGAGGAUGACAGCGGCUAUUCCAGUUCUCGGCAUUCCCAGUGGGAGUCUCCAUCUCCUACCCCUUCACACAGAGAAUCGGAUCGCUCAGACCGCAGCCAUCGCUCAGGCCGAGACAGUGAGAGAAGGGACAGGUCAGUCAGAGGCCGUUACCCUGAUGACACGCCGCUGCCCACCCCCUCCUACAAGUACAACGAAUGGGCCAAUGACAGGAAGCAUUUGGGCUCGACGCCUCGUCUCUCACAAGGAAAAGGUAAGAAGGAGAAUGGCGAGGAGGGAAUAAUGUUCGAUAACGAGGAUGAAAAAGAGCAGUGGGAAGAGGACCAGAGACAAGCGGACAGAGACUGGUACAUGAUGGAUGAGGGCUACGAUGAGUUUCACAAUGCUUUGACUUCCACCUCCGACGAGUACGUGAAGAAGAGAGAGCAGAUACUCCAGAAGCAGACGCAGAAACGGAUAUCUGCCCAGAAAAGACAGAUUAAUGAGGAUAACGAGCGGUGGGAGACCAACCGUAUGUUGACCAGUGGCGUGGUGCAGAGGUUGGAGGUGGAUGAGGACUUUGAGGAGGAUAACGCUGCCAAGGUCCACUUGCUGGUUCACAACCUUGUCCCACCCUUCCUGGAUGGAAGAAUAGUCUUCACAAAGCAGCCUGAGCCUGUCAUCCCUGUGAAAGAUGCUACAUCUGAUAUGGCCAUCAUCUCUCGAAAAGGUAGUCAGCUGGUCCGUAAACACCGGGAGCAGAAAGAACGCAAAAAGGCACAGCACAAGCACUGGGAACUGGCAGGUACAAAGCUGGGGGACAUCAUGGGUAUUAAGAAGACUGAGGAUGAGGAGGGCUCUGGGAGCAAGGUGGUAGGGGAGGAUGGCAAAGUUGACUACAGAGCCGAGCAGAAAUUUGCAGACCACAUGAAGGAUAAGAGCGAGGCCAGCAGUGAGUUUGCAAAGAAGAAGACUAUUUUGGAGCAGAGACAGUACCUGCCUAUCUUCGCUGUCAGACAGCAGCUUCUCAACAUCAUAAGGGACAACAGCAUCGUCAUUGUGGUGGGGGAGACGGGCAGUGGGAAGACCACCCAGCUGACACAGUACCUCCAUGAGGAUGGCUACACCAGCUAUGGCAUGGUGGGGUGUACCCAGCCUCGUAGGGUGGCCGCCAUGAGCGUGGCCAAGAGAGUCAGCGAGGAGAUAGGGAGUAACCUGGGAGAGGAGGUGGGCUAUGCAAUCCGUUUCGAGGACUGCACCUCAGAGAAAACCUUAAUAAAGUACAUGACAGAUGGUAUCCUGCUGAGGGAGUCCCUGAGGGAGUCGGACCUGGAUCAUUACAGUGCCAUCAUCAUGGACGAGGCUCACGAGCGCUCCCUGAACACCGACGUGCUGUUUGGCCUGCUGCGCGAGGUUGUGUCGAGGCGGUCUGACUUAAAGCUCAUCGUCACCUCCGCCACCAUGGACUCUGACAAAUUUGCAGCCUUCUUCGGCAACGUGCCCAUAUUCAACAUUCCAGGAAGAACAUUUCCAGUGGACAUAUUGUUCAGCAAGACCCCGCAGGAGGAUUAUGUUGAGGCCGCAGUGAAGCAGGCCCUGCAGAUCCACCUCAGUGGGAUGGCAGGAGACAUCCUCAUCUUCAUGCCUGGCCAGGAGGACAUCGAGGUCACAUCUGAUCAGAUUGUGGAGCGGUUGGAGGAGCUGGAGAGCGCUCCUGCUCUGGCUGUUCUUCCCAUCUACUCCCAGCUGCCCUCCGAUCUCCAGGCCAAGAUUUUCCAGAAGGCUCCAGACGGGGUAAGGAAGUGCAUUGUUGCUACCAAUAUUGCUGAGACCUCCCUCACUGUGGAUGGAAUCAUGUUUGUAGUGGAUGCAGGAUACUGCAAACUAAAGGUGUUCAACCCUCGCAUUGGAAUGGACGCCCUGCAGGUUUAUCCCAUCAGCCAGGCUAAUGCCAACCAGCGGGCUGGCAGGGCAGGACGCACAGGACCAGGCCAUUGCUACAGGCUGUACACACAGAGCGCCUUUAAGAACGAGAUGCUGACCACCACAAUACCAGAGAUCCAGAGGACCAACCUGGCCAACGUGGUCCUGCUGCUGAAGUCUCUGGGUGUCCAGGACUUGCUGCUCUUCCACUUCAUGGACCCGCCGCCCGAAGACAACAUGCUCAACUCCAUGUACCAGCUCUGGAUCUUGGGCGCUCUGGACAACACAGGUGCUCUGACGCCAACCGGGCGUCUGAUGGUGGAGUUCCCGCUCGACCCCGCCCUUUCCAAGAUGUUGAUUGUGUCAUGUGACAUGGGCUGCAGUGCUGACAUCCUCGUCAUCGUGUCCAUGCUGUCCGUGCCGGCCAUUUUCUACAGACCCAAGGGUCGUGAGGAGGAGAGCGACCAGGUGAGGGAGAAGUUUGCGGUUCCUGAGAGCGACCACCUUACCUACCUCAACGUCUACAUGCAGUGGAAGAACAACAACUACUCCAGCAUCUGGUGCAAUGAGCACUUCAUCCACACCAAGGCCAUGCGCAAGGUGCGUGAGGUGCGCUCCCAGCUGAAGGACAUCAUGGUGCAGCAGAGGAUGAACCUGACCUCCUGUGGGUCAGACUGGGACAUCAUCAGGAAGUGCAUCUGUGCUGCUUACUUCCAUCAGGCUGCCAAGCUGAAGGGUAUCGGUGAGUACGUGAAUGUGCGGACGGGCAUGCCGUGUCACCUACACCCCACCAGCUCCCUGUUUGGUAUGGGCUACACCCCUGACUACAUCACAUACCAUGAGCUGGUCAUGACCACCAAGGAGUACAUGCAGUGUGUGACGGCGGUGGAUGGAGAGUGGCUGGCAGAGCUCGGACCGAUGUUCUACAGCAUCAAACAUGCGGGAAAGAGCAGACAGGAGAACCGGCGCCGGGCCAAGGAGGAGAUCACCAACAUGGAGGAGGAGAUGUCGCUUGCCGAGGAGCAGCUGCGAGCACGCAGAGAGGAGCAGGACAGGAAGAGCAACACCAACAGCGUCAGGGUGGUGAAAAUCUGCACCCCUGGAAGAAAAGAGGAGGCCCCCAUGACCCCCAGGCGCACCCCGGCCCGCUUUGGGCUGUAGAAGCCCUCUGGGGAGUGAGCUCAGCCAGCCAGCCAGCCAG